UUGCCGUCGUUCCUGGUAUCAUAGUUACGGAUACUAUGUAGGGAAGGAAGAGAGAGAGAGAGAGAGAGAGAGAGAGCUAGCUCCAAUCUUGUUUGUGAUUGGUGGAAACAAUAAGGCGGAGUAGAGAAGUUGCCUUCCAGGUUACGGUAGCCGAGAAGGCACAUCUCAAGGAAAUAAGCGUUUCUCUACUUUGUUUUUUCACGCUUCCGUUUCCCGUACUUGAAUACGUGGGAUUGACUCCCCGAUGGCCCCGGAGAAGCCACCGGACUCAGGAAGCUGCGGUAGUAGCACCAAGGAAGAGGAUGAUUUCGGGUACGGCCUGUUCCCAGACCGGCGACGCAGUGAGGCAACGAAGCAGAAGUCCUUCCUGUACAACAGCCUAUUCACCUUCAACCACAAAUGCCAGGUGAUGUUGAAGAUCGCCCUGGUCUCCAAUCCAUAUGCUAAACUGCUACUUGAUGCUAUGAACAGUUCUGGCUGCACUGUUUUCAAAGAUCGACACUUUUCCUGUGAAGACUGUGAUGGAUGUGUUAGUGGUGGAUUUGAUUCUUCAACGUCACAGAUUGUUCUAUGUCAAAACAACAUUCACUAUCAAUCGCACAUGAACAGAGUUGUUACACAUGAACUUAUCCAUGCAUUUGAUCACUGUCGUGCGCAUGUGGACUGGUUCAACAACGUCAAGCACUUAGCUUGCUCAGAGAUUCGAGCUGCUAAUCUCAGUGGAGACUGCUCACUCAUGAAUGAAAUGUCCCGGUUUAAAUUUGGCUUGAAGCAACACCAUCAAAUCUGUGUACGAGACAGAGCUGUUCGCUCCAUCUUGGCUGUUAGAAAAGUCAGCAAAGAGGUAGCCGAGAAAGCCGUGGAUGAAGUCUUUGACUCCUGUUUCAAUGAUCACGAACCAUUUGGCAGAGUGCCUCACAGUAAACAAGAUGCAAAAUAUGCAUAUAGAGAUUUUCAGAACCGUCAUCGAUACUAUACAAAUCUAUAGAUGUCCAUUUCUAGCUGCUAAAUAACAACAUUUGAGGACAAUUUACAAAAGAUGAGUUGUGAUGACAACCAGAGUCCAACAAGAGGAGGAGGUCUUUAUUAUUUUUAGUUCUGUGCUUCAUUCUGCAUAGGAAUUUAUUUCAGAAAUGUAUUUUUUCAAUGCACUCAUGAAACUGUGUGUGAGUGUUCUGCCAGGAAUUGGUUUUGCAUGCAUCUUCCUUGAAUAAAUAAAUUUCCAUCA